AAAAAAUGGGACUACUUUUCUUUCUCUGUUUUGUUUUCGUACGGUUCCAAAUAUUGCUUUGUGUGUCCAAUAUUGAAGAAUACCUGUUUAAGAAUUACAGUUCAAUGUUAAAACCAAGAAGAAUUCAAAGCGAGGCAGUGAUUGUGAGCAUACAUAUGACAAUAAACUCUGUCCAUGAGGUGGAUGAACAGUUUCAGUAUAUCUCCUUUUACGCUUGGUUUAAUAUUCAAUGGUACGACGAUUUCUUGACUUGGAAUGAGACCGAACACACCGGGAUCAAGACCAUUGCUGUACCAUACCAGAAAGCCUGGAUACCUGAUUUGUCCAUGUGGUAUUCCGAAGAACACGUCCACGAUCUUGGCCCUCACUCGUUUGUUUCGGUGGCAUCAGAUGGCCACCUUGUGUGGUUUCCAGGAGGAAAAUAUAUAGUCGUGUGUGACGUCAAGAUGAAAAAAUUUCCAUUUGAUGAACAGAAAUGUAUCAUAACAAUUUCGGCUUGGCAAAGUAAUGACAGCAUUCAGAAACUUGUUCCGAGAAAAAGAUUAGAUAAUGACGCAGAAUUUAUUGCUGAGAAUGGAGAAUGGGAGUUUACGAAUUUCACGUUUCAUUCUUUUUAUCAGAAAGAGCUUGAUAUGACGAUAUUAAAAUACACACUCUGUUUAAAAAGACGAUACCUUCAUUUCGUGCUCAGUACUCUGGUACCCAUUAUCAUACUAUCUGUUUUGAAUUCUUUGACCUUUUUUAUCCCUUUGGAAUCAGGAGAACGGAUUCAAUAUUCUCUCACACUUUUCCUAGCUUUUACCGUGUUUUUAACUUUGUUCGAACAAAUGAUGCCGCAGAACUCCACAGAUGUACCCUAUAUAUCCGUGUAUGUCGGAUUUCAAUUAAUUCUCUGUGUUAUUUCAACGGUGGUCUCUGUUGUAUGUACGUCGAAAAAGUAUUCGUCGGAGAUGAAGGAAGCUAAAUAUUGCAAUAAUACGGGUUACUGCAAACAAGAGUGUCGAUCACAAACUAUUUGCACAGAGAUUAGCAAAGGCAAACCUAUGGACAAAGACACCGAACCCGAGAACAAGCUUAACAACAGCUGCAACAACAACACCCAUGAACACAACAUCCACAACAUUUGUGCCGUAAACAGCUUUGAGCAUAGAACGAACCGUAUAAUGACCUUAUUUAACAGCUUCUCGUUGAUUCUUUCAACUGUUAUAUUGUUUAUUCUCUACUGGAUUUGAAUAUAGGUGAAAGUUAAGCAGCUUAUAUAACCCACAAACGUACCUACCUGUCAGUGGCUCUCACCAAACACAAUGACAAGUUAUAAUCAUAAAUUAAUUAUCUACGAUUGCUUCUUCAUCAGGUAGGACAAUUUGCGAAAGACAUCCUUUCGAAGCUAAAAUAUUGUAACCCUGUACGAUGGGAUGAAUUACUUUAGCACUAUAAUUCCGUACGAUGAGAUGACUGGAUUUACUUUAUUGCAUUGUGCCGCUGUAUGAUAUAAUGACAGGGUUUACUUUAAUACAUUAUAAUUCUUUAUGAUGAGAUGAAUUACGUUGUAACCCUGUACGAUAAGAUAAAUUAUGUUAUAAUACUGUACGAUAAAAUAAAUUAUGUUGUAAUACUGUACAAUAAGAUAAAUAAUAUUGUAAUACUGUAUGAUAAGAUAAAAUACGUUGUAAUGCUGUACGAUUAGAUAAAUUAUGUUCUAUAAAUACUAUACGAUAAGAUAAAUUACGUUGUAAUUCUGUACGAUAAGAUAAAUUAUGUUGUAAUUCUGUACAAUAAGAUAAAUUAUGUUGUAAUUCUCUACGAUAAGAUAAAUCAUGUUCUAUAAAUACUGUAUGAUAAGAUAAAUCAUGUUUUAUAAAUACUGUAUGAUAAGAUAAAUUAUUUUUUAAUUCUGUACGAUAAGAUAAAUUAUGUUGUAAUACUGUACAAUAAGAUAAAUAAUGUUGUAAUACUGUAUGAUAAGAUAAAAUAUGUUGUAAUGCUGUACGAUUAGAUAAAGUAUGUUCUAUAAAUACUAUACGAUAAGAUAAAUUACGUUGUAAUUCUGUACGAUAAGAUAAAUCAUGUUCUAUAAAUACUGUAUAAGAUAAGUCAUGUUCUAUAAAUACUGUACGAUAAGAUAAAUUAUGUUCUAUAAAUACUGUAUGAUAAGAUAAAUUAUGUUCUAUAAAUCCUGUAUGAUAAGAUAAAUUAUGUUGUAAUUCUGUACGAUAAGAUAAAUCAUGUUCUAUAAAUAAUGUAUGAUAAGAUAAAUCAUGUUCUAUAAAUACUGUAUGAUAAGAUAAAUCAUGUUCUAUAAAUACUGUAUGAUAAGAUAAAUCAUGUUAUAUAAAUACUGUAUGAUAAGAUAAA